CGGUGCAGGAGAAAUCGCCCAUGUUGCAGAUCGGGAGCCGAAAUUCAUCUUCUGAAUCCAACCCCACAAGGUGAAACUUUGAAAGAGGUACGUGAAUGGAUAGCAAUCGAAAGUGAUGGAGGGAGGAAUUUCGGAUGCGGGCAAUUCGCCCGCAGAUGAAGAACAGAUCCAGAUCCGGGAGAGCUCGUUGCGUGCGCACUUACUAGUUCUCCCUUUGAGUAUGAUCUCGGUUUCGCAUAUGAAGAACAGAUCCAGAUCCGGGAGAGCUCGUUGCGUGCGCACGUACUAGUUAUCCCUUUGAGUAUAAUCUCGGUUUCGCAUGUCACUUCGGCCUUGUUGCUGUCAGCCAAGCUCGCCAAGCAAGACAUCACUGUCACAAUCUUCACGGACCGAACAUGCUGCCACACAUACACUCGCUUCAUGCGCCCGAAGCGCUGGAAAGUCUCGACCAUUAUGGACCACGAUGAGUCGGAACGUGAGUUGCAUGAAGACUGGAGCAGACCAUUUAAGGACUCGUACGACGUGAUGCGAGCUGCAAAACCUUACUUGCAAAAUAUGGCCUCUGCAAGAUCCUCAGGAGCUGCCGGCCUACCCACAUGCGUCAUAGCAGACAUGUUCUGUCUUUGGGCUCAGAAACUUUCACAGGAACAGAAUCUACCAUGUUACGCGUAUUUCCCUAGUGGUGCAAAUUUCGCUCGUCUUCUUCAAGCGUUUCCGGCUCUCAUUUCGGAACGAAGGUUUAGAGUGGGAGAGAAUGGCAAAUUCAUCAAAAGCAAACAGACUAUCACCGUCCCUGGUCUUCCACCUCUUUUGGACAUAGAGCUGCCAAAUUCCACCAAAAUAAACCCUGUCUCAGUGACAGUGGAAGCGGGACUGGAUUUGUCGAAAGUAAACGGUGUGAUAAUCAACACCUUUUACGAAGUGGAAAGUCAUCCCAUUCAAGUCUUCUUGCAGGCUUGCGAUCCUACGUUGCAUACGUCAUUUGCAGAUUUGUAAUUUACAGGCUCAAACGUCCAAACAGAAUUUUUCUUCUUUCAUAUACUGAGACAGGCCAGAUCUGCAGAGUCUGUUAGGAACCUCGUGCGUCCGUACCUCAAUCACUCACUCAGCUGUCCUCUUCAUCACAUCAGCUUCUAUCUGAGCUAAGCACGAACCAUUUCACCGAACCGGGAGAGGGAGAGCUCAUCUUUUGGUUGGUCUGUCUGUUGGACACAUGUUGGACACACACAUCAGAUCAGGAUUUGCAAACCCCGUUAGCUCUUCUAGUCCGCUGUGAUUCUUGUGCUCACCGCUUCAAUCCUGCACAGAUUUGACCUGUUUCCAGCAGAUUUCAGACACAAUAGUUGCCUUCCGCCCAUCGGAGGCUCUAAGACCCGAAAGCCUCACUGUGUGCUG